CGAAAGGGACGCAUUCUCCACAAACACGAAGAACAAGAACAUCUUUAGCCUAUCAACAAAUAGAAGACUCAAGAUGGGAUCACUUAAUAGUAAAUCUGAUAACUUAGCCUCCACACCAAUGAAAGGUGCUGUUGGGGGAAUGAGACAUUUGGAUGUUGACCCCAGAUCACCUGGUUUAGAUAGAACACCAAUUGUUGUUGAUAAAACUCCUGAUUUAAAUCUUGGGAUUGGUAUAUUAGACCCACGAUCACCCACUGCUGGUAUUGUUAGAACACCUAUAGUCAAUGUCUUAAAUGAUAAAGGAGAAGGUGGAGAAGAUAGUUUGUUGAUAAAUAAUAGUCAUGUUGGUAAUAAGAUGAAUUUUGAGGGUUCAGAUGAGAGUGGACGUGUUAGUGAUCUCAGUGGAUCAACAGAACUAAACUCACUAUCAUUAUCAGAUGUUGAUGAAUGCUCAAAUUUACUAAGUGUCAAAGAUGAAAACUCCAAAAAGUCAAAGACAAAAAAUCAAGCAAAACCCAAACAGUUAUUCCCAGCUAUGAAGAGAACAGUUCUUAUGAAAAACGAUAUCCCAAGAUCACCCCUGGCCAAUGUACCACUUGACUCUAAUUCACCCCGAAACAUUGUACAACGUAAACACAUAAAAAAAAUAGACACUGCCAGAUCUUGUAGAUUAGAUUCCAACUUUUGUCCAUUAGCAGACAAGGAAAACAUGUAGACAGCAAUUAUGACUUAAGCUAGUGGACAUUUGAGUGAAAAAAAAAAUACCAGAAUCCAUUUUUCAGUUUAUUUUAUUAUUUUGAUUUUGGUGCCUUUUUGAACUAAACAGACAUUUCCUGUGGUCUGUUUUUCAAAUUCUAGUGACAGUAUGUGUGAAAGAUAAUUUAUGUUGAAAUAAUAUUACUAUGAUUUUGAUUGAAAGUUUAGAAAGAAUGAUUAUAACACAUGAUUUUUUGUGGAGUGUUUUCUGUUUAUAUUUUUAAAAUCAUUUCAAAUAUGAAAUUUAGUGGAAUAUUGGUCAGACGUGUCAAUACAGAAUAUCAUAUUGUUUGUUACAAAUCAAUUUUCCAUUGCUUAUUGUGUUUCUGUCAGAGAUAUAUAGUUAUACCAUUUCUAGACUUAUUAGCUGUCCUUUCAUACCAGUACUGCUUAUACAGUAUUUGGAGUAAAUAUUAAAUCUAUGUCUCUAUGUCUUAUUUCUCCUGUCUGUAUGAAACCUCUUUCUCUCUCUCUAUAGUGCUAGUAUUUGUGUAAUCCAUUGUAAAUAUAGUAAUGGUAUAAUAUAUUUGGUACAAUUUCAAAUAUCUAUAUUUAAGUGCAAUAAAUAGAUGAGUGCAUUUCCAAAGUUUUGUUUUGUCUGUAAAGCAUGCAUUUAGUACUCUUUCAAAUAUGUGAGUCUUUUCACCUGUAAUCUAUAAAAAAAAAAAUCUCAAAUUGUCUA